GGAGAAGAAGAAGAAAAAGGAGAAGGAGAAAAAGAAGAAGUAGUUCUGCUUUCUGUCUGCCAAACAUGGAAGUCUUUCAGACGUGGUUCUGCAUUGUGUUGGAUAAAAAGAACCACUCUAAAUUUAUAUGCUACACACACAGGAAAAACGGAAUGUCGAAUAUUUGUCUGACAGAUGCCACUGAUGUGUGGAGCACAGAGGUCACCGAGGACACCUUCAAGCAGUCUGUAGGGGGGAGUGGGGGGCAGAGGAUUGCCUUGAAGUCUACAGUGGAUUAUAUUCUGAACCUCAGGUCAGCCUGUGGUCAGGGGGGGGUGUCUGUUGUGCUCCUUGACUCGUGUGCAGAGGUGUGUGUGAGCUCGGCUGCAGGGGACCUGAGUGUGACCCUGCCCAGGCUGGAGGCCCCCCGGGCCCCUGAGGAAGUGAAGGAGCUGCUGUUCAGGAUGGCUGAAAGUAAAUGUGGACCCCCCUCUGUCGGUCCAGUUAAACCUGACCAGUGGCGGCCUGCAGAGGGCCAGCAGAGUGCAGCUCCAGCAGUGACGAUGAAGAAACGACUUCCAGGAACUUCUCUUAUCAACCCAGGAACUAAAAGGAAGCGCCCGGCGACCGGCGUGGCCUUCGACGAGGAGGGGGAGGAGAAGGAGGAGGAAUAGGAGGAGGAGGAAGAGGAGGACUGAUCCUGCAGCGGCCCGCUUUCUUCUCAAUGUUUUUAAUGGCAGAUGAUAUCAAAUGAAACGACUACAAUUUGAAAUGGUCAUUUAUUAAAUAAAUAAAUAAAUCAUUGUGAAACUUC